AUGCGCAAGUGUAAGGUCUUUGUCGGGAACUCCCACCCAGAACUGGGAAACUUGGUGUGCGAAAGACUUGGAAUCGAACCGGCUCCUUGCACGCUAAAAAAAUUCGCCAACGGAGAGACCUCGGUUCAAAUAGGCGUCUCUGUGCGUGACGAAGAUGUCUACGUGAUCCAGUCCGGAUCUCCAACCAUCAACGAUCACAUAAUGGAGUUGUUGAUUUUGGUGUCUGCCUGUAGGGGCGGUUCUGCCAAGAAGAUCACGGCUGUUAUUCCACAGUUUCCAUAUUCUAAGCAGUGUAAAAUGAAGAAACAUAGAGGGGCCAUUACAGCAAGAAUGAUGGCGAACUUGUUGAUCAUGGCUGGUGCUGACCAUGUGGUGUCCAUGGAUCUACAUGCUUCACAGAUGCAAGGGUUUUUUAGUAAGCCUGUAGAUAACCUGUACGGCGGACCUAGUUUGGCCCGCUGGAUUCGGGAAAACGUUGAGGAUUUCCCUGAUGCAGUUGUCGUGUCGAAAAACCCAGGGGGCACCAAGAGAGUGACUGCAUUGGCAGAUUCGCUCAAAAUAAACUUUGCCAUGAUUCACACCGAUCGUCGUCGGUCCAAAGAUCUGUAUUCGCAGAACAAGAACAAGCAUCAGCUCAUGCAAAGAAAGCAAUCCAUGCUGAGAAAAAACAGACCGAUCAUCAGACCUGGCGAGGAACCUGAUGAGGAAGAAAACAUCAUCCUGACCAAUGGAAUUCAAACUGCCAGAGUUGUCAAAGGUCAUGUUGUUGAUGAUGACGACUAUGUCGAAGAAGAAUGUGUCACGGAAUCGGAAAACGAAUCUGAAGCUUUGUCAUCUACAAGCGAUUCGUAUGCCCUAGGUGGGUCAUACGAUGCUGUAGACUCUGAGGAUGAAGAGGGACCCGAAUUUGUUGAUCAAGAAAAGUUGAUCACCCUUGUUGGUAACGUCAAUGGCCGUUCCGCUAUUAUCUUGGAUGACAUGAUUGACAGACCAGGCUCUUUCAUUAGCGCUGCUGAACAUCUAGUCAUUAACUGUGGUGCGAAGAAGGUCUAUGUGGUUGCUACUCAUGGUGUAUUCACUGGAGACUGCUUGGAUCAGCUAGAACAAUCUGAGUUCAUUCACCAGAUCGUUGUUACAAACACUUACCCAAUUUCUCAACAAAAACUUCAGAGUUCCAAGAAGUUAGUUGUAAUUGACGUAUCAUCGAUUUUUGCAGAAUGCAUCCGUCGUGACCACUAUGGUGAGAGUAUUUCUGUACUGUUCGACUCUCUCGCCUCGCUGUGA